CGCGUUUGCGUGGCGUGGUUGCCCCGUUUUGUUUAUAAAGCAUUUCGCAUCGCGUUUGUUUACCGGCGGCGCGGCGCGGGCGGGCGGGUUGGCGAGCCGCCAGCUCCGCUGGAUCGCGGUCACACCAAUACAUUCAGAUUUCUCGGGCAAAAUAACAGACGGACGAUUAGCAGUGAUCUUAUCAGCAACAAGAAUCGCGUUUGGUGCUUUCAGAGAAAUUGUGGUUGAAGUUUAAAGCUGGUGGUGUGUCAGUCCUCUCGAGCAGGCGUGGCGGUUGUGGCGCCGCGCCCCCGCGCCGGCGCUGCCAAGUGGGCCAGGACGCGGCGUGUCAGCGCGUGCGCAGCUGCCGCGCGCGCGCAGUGGAGGCCGAAAGCCUGCAAUACUAAGGGCUCUUGAGGUUGUGAGGAAACGUCCUUUCAAUUGUACACCUUAUGGAGGCGGUGUACCCGGCAGCGGCGUCGGCGCUGGCACGCGGUCGGCGGGCGCGGCGCGGCGGCGUGCGCGUCAGGCAUCGCACCAUGCCUGUUACCUUUGCGGAGAUUAAGGAAGUGGACGAGGAGAACGAAGAGGAAGCAAGCACGGCGCCGCCAUCACGCGGCUCGGUUUCCAGCGAGCGGCGGCGGCCCGACGUGCUAGACGAGCGGCUAGGCCGACAGUUCCUCGAGUUCCGGCGUCGGCGCAAGCGCGACGCGCUGCCCGAGCCGCCGGACGAGCCCGCCGCCGCCGAGCUCGUGCCGACUGCGCCUCGCGCCGGCUCCGAGCCUAUGGAGCCGCGCUGAUAGCGAACUUUAAUAUUAUGCAGUUACGGUGUAUGGGAGAUAUUGAUGAGGAUCAAUUAGUUUUGUGACUAUCUGAGACAGUAUUUUCAUACGCAGGUCCAUCGACGCUGAAUAUUAGGUAUGACGUUGCACUAAUUGUCCAGGUCCACCACGGGUAGACCAAGAGCCACUGUCAGGGCAUUAUAUCGACGUGAAAGAAUUGUUCUCCGAGGGACCUACUAUUAACUAUAUAAGUAUAUUAGAUAGCUGAAGGCUUGAGUAUUAUAAAUUACGUACCGAUUUAUUAUUUUUAUAGAGUUUUCUUCUUUUAGAAGAGUUUUACAUACAUCAGCUAUUAUGAGUUUUAUUUAGGCACCCCUAAACGUGUGUCGUAAUUUAUGGAAGAUAAAUUACGUCACACGUUUAGGGAUGGGAGGGGGGUCAAGAAAAUGUGACAUGUUGUCAUGAUAAGAGGGAGGGGGAGUCACAAACUUUGUGACGUCACUUUAUUUUGGAAGAUCGUUUUUGUUCGUGUACUUUUCUUUCCUUAUUGGUUUUGUGUUAUGAAAUUAGUAAUAUUUCUUUUAUCUAAAAUAUUUUUUUUAUUAAAAUAUUAAUACCUAUUAGUAUUGCCGAUUUCGUUGAAAACAAAAUUGUCAUAAAUGUGGCGGCACAUCAGGGGGGGUGAGGUUUGCAACAUGUGACCAAGUGUGACAAGGACCCUCAAGGACCCCUCAACGAUACGAUCUUUUUCAAUAGCUCAUAUUCAGUGAUCGGUUUUUUGGAUUCGACAUGGGGUGAACGACCUCAAUCAUUAUGUUAGUAUGGAUAUGCCCCGAGAAUCCGGGCUUUAUGUUGUUAGAAAAGGCAAAAAAAUACAAUGUGUUUAUUUUAUUACACUUUAAAACAUCUAAGUAGCUGAUAGACGAGUACUUACUCACCGUUCUUUUGUCUAAAUCGAGCAAAUGAGCACAAGUGUUUACACUGACAGCUCAUUCGCUGCCUCCAAAGCGGCACAUUUUGUACCGUUUGGAUAAAAGUUCGGCGAGUAAGUACGCGUGUCUAUCAGCUAAUAUAUAGUUACUACGGGUUAAUUGUUUGAAUAAAUGAAUUCGUUAUCAAAAACUCAAUUACACUUCUUUCUACUGAGAGGUAGUUCGAGAAAAACAAUGUCCACAGUGUCAAAUGGUUUUAUUGCUCACCAAAAAUAAUUAGAACUGAAAUCCAGAGAAAAUAAUGAAAUUUCAAUGUCAAGAUUUUGAAGUAUUUUUUCCAUCAUGACAGAUAUAUAAGCUAAUACUUUGUGGAGGUUUUAAUAUAUUUUGCUUUGAAUAAAAUGUUGAGAUUAGGAAAAGAAUAACAGUUUUUGUCUCAACUGGUUGCCAUGUAAGAGUAAAAAAUUCCUUAGAGAUAAUAUAAAAAUUGUUUUAUUUUUGUACGGUUUGUUCGGUAUCGCGGGAAACUGUCGUAUCUAUAUUAACUUUUCUACUUGAUAUCCCGCGAGGGAGAAUCCAAAUAACCGAUCACUGCUCAUAUUGCUUAUAUUGCUUGCAUUUUGAUAAAAACGAAAAUCAUUGUACUUAAGGUAAGCGAUAUAUCAUGACCAUGAUGUGUAUUUUUAUUAAAAAAAAAAAAAAAAAUUAUUGGUCACGGCAAAUAUGUAACAAUUAUAAAUCAAUAUAUAAUAAUUUACUUUAUUUUGCUUUUAUAAGUAAUAGUUACUAAUUUUUAAAAACGUUUUUUCAAUGAAGACACACGUCAAGCCAAGAUUGUUUAAAUCCUGACCUGACUGAACAUGUUCAUACUAAGCUGAACUGUCACCCUCUACAUGAGAAUAACAGCGCCCUCUUGACAAUGAUCAUAUAUUUAAUUCUGGUCGGGCUUUAUAUAUCUAUUCGAAACACAAAAAAACAGAAUGUAGACACAAGUUCACGCGAACAAUUUUUCCGCCAUUUUCUUACAUUAUCUAGGUACCUACUUAAUGGUUUAUCUAAGUAAUUAAUUCAAUUAAUUACACAUCAUAUUAUUUAAAGUUAUUGCUCAUAAAUAAAAACUUUAAAUGUUAUUAGUGUUAUUACACAUAAUACGUUUCUUUUUUAUUUAUGCAAUACAUAUGAAUGUUUUCAAUAGAAAAUCUUUUCU